UUGAAUUUAAUUAGAUUUAAAACUAUGAAAAUUGUUAUGACUGUCCAUUUCGUUGUUACCAUUGAGUAUAAUCAAAUCUGACGUGUAUGACUAGCAUAACUUUGUUAUGAAAUGGAAAUAUUUACAUAUUUAUUUGGCGGAUGUUUCAAAGUGGCGGGAAACUCAUAUACCUCUGCUGACGGCUGAAUAGUGUUUUUAUAUUAAGAUUAAACUAUUUUGUUGUUAAUAAGUGUAGACAGCAUCAUGAGUACAUUAAAAAGAGUAACUUCGCCAAUGAAGCAACAAAAUGAAACACCAACAAAGAAGUUAAAAAUUAGUACUAACGACAUAAAACCAAUUGAUAUCGAUGGCUUUAGUUCUACAGAGUUUGACGACUUUUUUGAUGGUCAUGAUGAUUUUGAAGCAAUUAUAAAUAGCAAAAAUGUAUUAAUCCCGCAAGACAAGCGCUUAGAUCUUAGCAAAUGGCAGCGCUGUAUUGUGCUAGAAGUGGAGCGCGAACGAUCCACCUUCGAUUUAAUGUUGCAAGUGCGUUUAGCCAACACGGAGCAAGUGGAGGAUUUCGACAAGGAAAAUAACAAUGCACUGACAAAAUGCCGACUCCAACAGCAAUGGAGUCACACAGAUGUUAAAAGGGAUGACAUUAUAUCCUUAAUAUGCGUUUGGGAUGAAAAAUUGCAGUGCUAUAAAGUGAAUAAUGAGCAUGGAUUCUGUGUAACUAACCCGGAUACAUUAAUUUCCAGUACUAGUGUGGUUGGUUCACUUUUCUGUCGUAGAAAAGCAGUGCUGCAAGAGCGCUUCAAGGGAAUUGAUGCCAAUAGUAAAAUUAUGGUAGUGGGGUCAAUGGUACAUGAAAUGUUGCAAUUGGUAUUGCAAAAAAAUCUAAGAAAUGCGAAAGGAAUAGAGGCAACUGCUAAAGAAUUAUUGCACUCCAAGGAAACAGCUUACGAGCUUUAUGCGAAUUUAAUGACACGCGAUGAGUUAGACUUCGAACUACAAAAGUUCAUACCAAACGUAAUAAGCUUUGUAGAACAAUACAUUAAAGGCAAUCCAGCAACUCAUAUUAAGGACACUUUCCAAGGUACCAUUGAGCACAUACAGGACAUCGAAGAGAAUGUUUGGGUACCACAACUUGGUUUGAAAGGUAAAGUAGACGUAUCGGUGCGUAUCAAGCAACGAAAACAUGAAAAGGCAACAAAUGCCAUACCGUUGGAAUUGAAAACAGGACGCGCCACCUUCUCAAUGGAACACAAGGGUCAGGUUAUGUUGUACCAAAUGAUGUUAACCGCAAUCGGACGUGAAACGAAUUCCAGUUUACUGCUUUAUUUACGUGAAGGCAUAAUGCGCGAAUUGCGCGGCACACGUAAUGAACAACGUGACCUUAUAAUGUUACGUAACGACUUGGCGCGUUAUAUAUCAUGUCAUAGUGAUACGACGGCUGCUAGUACAACAACCACGACAAUUGAAGAGGACAACAAAUUUUUACAGCCUUUAAAGUUACCCGAACCCAUUUCACAUCAUAGCGCUUGUGGUAAUUGCGAAUAUGCAACAGUUUGUUGCACUUUUGCCAAAACUGACGCAGAAUUAAACUUAAGAAAAGGUCAUCCCUUGCUAACGGUUAUGCAGAAUGUGACCGAACACUUACAAACAGACGUUUACAAGUAUUUUAUGCACUGGUGUCGUUUGCUUGCAUUAGAAGAACAAGAAGUGAAGAAAUCAAACAAUCUGCGUGCUUUGUGGACCAACACACCAGAACAACGUAAGAAAAUCGGACUCGCCAUUGUGGAUGUGCAACUGCAAAACGUUGACUGUGAGGGUACGCAUUAUCUCAACACUUUUGUUUUGGAAGCAACUGACGACAAUAAAGACGCCGAUUUGCUGUUGAGUGGUUUUUCUAUCGGCGAAUAUGUGAUAAUCAGCACACGCAAACGUUUGGCUGUUGCAGCUGGUUCCAUUGUGGAUAUGACAAGUGCCGAAAUUACCGUUAGUCUCGAACGAGAUCUGAAGCAAAACUAUGCCAAAGUUGCAUUUAUCAUUGAUAAACAUGAAUCGCAAUCGGGCAACGCAUUCAAUUUCACGAAUGUCAGUUUGUUGUUGGACAAUAAUGAGCGCGCAAAAAAAUUGCGUGAAAUUAUAGUGCAACGCGUACAACCUACAUACCACAAAGUGCUGCCGAAGAUCGUUGCAACUGCGGGUGCCGCAAUACUUAAACAACUGAAUGCGGUGCAACGUUCAGCCGUACUCAAGGCUUUAACUGCAGAAAGCUAUAUGCUAAUCAAAGGUUUGCCAGGCACAGGCAAAACGCAAACACUAGUCGCGAUUGUGCGCCUCUUACAUUUGAUGGGUAAAUCUGUGCUCAUCACGAGUCAUACACACUCGGCGGUCGACAAUUUAUUAGUGCGCUUAAAGACGCACAAACUGCCGCUGUUACGUUUGGGCGCCGGUGCGCGUAUUAACGCCGAAUUGCAAGAGUUUGGCGAAAGCACUUUACUGCAAGACUGUGCAACGGUCGAGGAAAUAACGCAAAAAUAUAAUUCCUACAAUAUUGUGGGCGUUACUUGUCUUGGGUCGGCGCAUGCACUGUUUCUACAUCGAAAAUUUGAUUUUUGCAUAGUGGACGAAGCAACACAGGUUACGCAACCGACGACGUUGCGCCCGCUUUUUUUUUGUGAUAAAUUCAUAUUAGUUGGUGAUCCCGAACAGCUGCCACCGCUGAUACGUUCAAAGGAGGCGCGUCAACUGGGUGCGGACGAAUCACUCUUUCAGCGACUCGACACAGCAGCCGCCACAGCUGUGCUGACCCUACAAUACCGCAUGAAUAAAUCGAUCACGCGACUGGCAAACGAACUUACCUACAAGGGUGCACUGCAAUGCGCUUCGAAAGAGAUCGAGCUUGAUGCGCUGCAAGUGAAUUUGUCGCAGGCUAAUAAGGCGGCGAAAUGGUUGCAGCGCGCCUUGCAAACGCAUAUCGAUCAAGCGGUUUUCUUAUUGGACACCAAGGACUGCACUGAACGACUCAGCGACUUUAACAAGGGCGAGCAAGGUGCGCUGUUCACAGCCGCUGCACGUUUUGUUGAAAGUGAGGAGUGUAAGGAGUCUCCACUAUCAUCAACUGCCAAUGGAAAACAAAACAGAAGCGCCAAGCGUAUUUCCAAGUACACAAAUUACUGUGAAGCCGCAAUUAUUAUGCAUGUAGUAGAGCAAUUACUGCUGGUGGGUUAUGCGCCGUCGCGUAUUGGUGUUAUAGCGCCUUAUCGUGCACAGGUGGAGCUGUUACGCAAUCUAACCACUCAUUUGCAGUUGCAACACAAUAAUAGAGCGUCACAGUUGAGUUUUGCCUCAGUCGAGGUCAACACAGUUGAUCAAUAUCAAGGGCGCGACAAAGAUAUUAUACUCUUUUCUGGCACGCGCACCGGCGCUGUGGAUGCCAAUGAGCGUGCGCGCGAAGCUGAAAUUCUGGAGGACAAACGUCGCCUUACGGUGGCGAUAACACGCGCUAAACGCAAGCUGCUGCUGGUUGGCGAUGCUGCGUGCCUAGACAAAUACACGCCCUUUCACAUGCUGCUCGGCCAUAUACCGAGCUACUGCAAGUUGCAGCUGGAAGAUGGUAAACUUGGUUUCGAUUGGCAAGCAUUACUGCAUAAUAUAUCGAGCAUUAUUAAAAGUUAGCGUUUUCGACUUAAUUUAAGCAUUAUAUUAUUAUUAUAUUAUUUAGUUGCAUUGUUUGUAUAUUGUGUCAGCACCAUCAAAUUAUUAAAAAACAAAAUCACGAAAAUGCGGGUAUUCUGUACUGAUUUGUCCAACGUUGUGGGUUGCACGGCACGUAUUUAUGAAUCUCCUUAUUAUUUUUAAUCGCUUCAUUGUUGUGAUGAAGUUUGAAUUUAGUUGUUGAUGCGUGGAACUGUGAAUAUUACAUUAAAUUUUUUUUCAAACUAUUCAUAAAUUUGCUUACAUCUUCGCCUUUGCCACAUAGCGCAUCUAUAAUGCAGCCCAUUUUCUGUUUGUAUUUUUAUUUGUUUUGUUUAUUUUAAGGAAAAAAUGUUCAAUUUAAAAGAAAAGUCGUUUUGACAUAAUUUUUUUUAGCAAUAAACGUCUCUGUCGAGAAGAAAAAGUUCUAAAUAAAUAACUUCAUACAUUAAGGCA